GGGGAGGGGGGAGCAGCCCCGUCGGGCGCGCGCACGCACGGGGCAAGGCGCGGCCCCGCGGCUGUGCGUGCGCGCUCCCUCCCCCCCCCGCCUUCCCCUCUCUCUCUCUCUCCCUCCCUCUCUCUCUCCUCUCCUCUCUCUCCUCCGCCGCGCUCGCUCGCUCCGUCCCCCCCUUUGUGAGGCGCUCGGAGCGGCCCGGACCCCGCCGACUCGCCAUGGCCGACGAGAAGCCCAAGGAAGGAGUGAAGACUGAAAACAAUGACCACAUUAAUCUGAAGGUGGCAGGGCAAGAUGGGUCUGUGGUGCAGUUUAAGAUUAAGAGGCAUACACCACUUAGUAAACUAAUGAAAGCCUAUUGUGAACGACAGGGGUUGUCAAUGAGGCAAAUCAGAUUCCGGUUCGAUGGGCAGCCAAUUAAUGAAACAGACACACCUGCACAGUUGGAAAUGGAGGAUGAAGAUACAAUUGAUGUGUUCCAGCAGCAAACAGGAGGAGUUUACUAAACAAAAACAAACAAACAAACAAAAAACAAAAACAAAAACCACACACACAAAAAAAAAGAACCUGCUACUUUCCUGUCCAGAACUGUGCUCCCACAGGCGACACAUUCACAAUUAGAAAAAUGAGACUUGGUUCAGCCACAUCUGACUACUGCAGUAUAGUUUUCUCUCUUCUCUCUCUGAUUUUUUUUCCUAUUCCUUCUAUUGUACAUAAAGUAACUGGUGUAUGUGCACAGACAUAAUGCAUAUUUUUUUUAACUAAAUGGCCAAUGGUAUGUUUUGAUCAACAUUUAAUGGAGAUGGGGUGGGAAAACAAACUGGUUCUGUGAAAAUGCCCCUGGCUCCAUUAGUGGCAUGCUCCUUCUACUUUUAUCUUUAUAUUCCAGUAAGUUAUUUUGCUCUCACUGUUUAAAAACAAAAACCUUGCAUACCUUGUUUGAUUGGAUAAUUUCAAUGUUUUUCUUUUAUCAUUGUAAAACCAAGGACAAUUUUAUAACUUUUUUGUACGUAGCUGUUACAUGUAGAGCAAUCUGUCUAAGUAGGGAUAAAUUACUCUUAAAAAAAAAAAUCCUAGAUAGUUUUCCCUUCAAGUAAAGCGUCUUGUUGUUUAAAUAAACUUCUUGUUUAAAAUAA